AUAAAGAUCAUGUCCGCGGCUGGCCAAUGGCUGGAAGGCGGGAACUCUUGGCGCCUGGUGUUGGGGAGGGGCGUAGGGCGCACGGGGAAGGAGGGCAGUAUGGGCCAGCCAAUGGGAAGCUUUCUUUGUGGGCGGGGACAUCACCUUACAGCCAAUCAGUUUCUCAGAGGCUGCUCUCCUGCUCUCCCCCCCAACAGGCCCAUCAGGGCCAGGCAAUGGACCUGACACGGGCGUGAGGGCUGGCUGGGAUGCCCACAAAUGGUGGCGAUGCUUAGUGCGCUGCAGUUCCCGGGACAGUGAAUAGUGAACACACAGCGCUUAAUGUUUGUCGCGAGAAAACAGAAGGCUUAGCACAGCUUCCUGCUUGCACAGUGAUCUAUGCGAGUGUCGAGGAGACCUGCUCACGUGGCCCCAUGUUGAUAGAGGCCAUGACGGAGGUGGAGAAGAUGGACCUGCGGCUCACUGCCCGCGGCCCGGCGUCUGCCAAGUGCCGUAUCCUGUAUGACAUCCCGUGCAAGGUGUGUCAGGACCACUCCUCGGGGAAGCAUUACGGCAUCUUCGCCUGUGAUGGCUGCGCAGGUUUCUUCAAGAGGUCCAUCAGGAGACAGCGGCAGUACGUGUGCAAGAACAAGGCGGAGGGCGGCUGUGUGGUGGACAAGACGCACCGCAACCAGUGUCGCUCGUGUCGCCUCUCCAAGUGUAUGCAGGCCGGCAUGAACAAGGACGCCGUCCAGCAUGAGCGGGGGCCUCGCAACUCCACGCUCCGCCGCCAGAUGGCCCUCUACUUCAAAGACCCGAGCCCAGAGGCGCCCACCCGACCCCCGCCUCGCCCCCGCAGCCCCAACACUCCCCCCCAUCCUGUCACCACCACUCGCUCUCCCCCCACCAGCGUCCCCCAUCUUCCUUCUCUCCCCACUCUCGCCGUCAGUACAUCCCUAAGUCUUCCUUUUCCCCCUCCGCACCUCCCUCACCCAGCAGGGCCUCUACCGUCAACUUUAGACCUGAAGAUGCCCCUCCCGCCGCGCCCCCACCCCAGCACCGCCGUGACCGACCUGCCGCCGCGCCCGCCACCCGAAGUGCUAGACCGCAUGCACCUCCUAACCUCCAGGGCCACCACACUGCUGGCGCCCACUCCCAAGUACCCACACGAGCUGGCCUUGCCGAUCGUCACGUCGCCCGACAGCGUGUGUGAGACCGCCGCCCGCCUGCUCUUCAUGAACGUCCGCUGGGCUAAGCACCUGCCUGCCUACACUGCCCUGCCCUUCAGAGACCAGCUGUGCCUACUGGAGGAGGGCUGGAGGGAGCUAUUCGUCCUUUCGGCUGCCCAGUUCCUCCUGCCGGUGGAGGCUGGGCCCCUGCUGUCUUUUUCAGGCCUAGGCGGAGAGCCCUCAGAGCGCCUCCUUCCCAUCCUGCAGGAUAUCAAGCUAUUUCAGGACAUCCUCGCCAAAUUCAAGGCGAUGAGCGUCGAUCCCACGGAGUAUGCGUGUCUCAAGGCCAUCGUGCUCUUCAAGACAGUGUGGGAGGGCGGGGACGGCGAGACGCGCGGUCUGAGGGACUUGCCGGCCGUGGCAGCGCUGCAGGACCAGGCACAGCUCACCCUCAACAAGUACAUCACCACCGCCUACCCGACGCAGCCCUUCAGGUUCGGAAAGCUCCUGCUCCUGCUACCGUCGCUGCGAGCUGUGGGCGCCCGCACCAUCGAGGAGCUCUUCUUCAGGCGCACCAUCGGCUCCAUCCCCAUUGAGCGUAUCAUCUGCGACAUGUACAAGGCAGCAGACUUCUGAUACACGCUCACCACCGCCCUAGCUCACCCUGCCGUGCUGCGAUGCAGUCUUUCACGUCCAACUCGAAAAAAAAGUCCCUGUGACCUUACUUUCUCAUAGCUUUCCCUAUAAUAUCACUACUUUUGUAAAUGCAUUCUUCAUUAUACGGAUUCGUGUAAAUACCUUUAGAUGUAUUUUUUUUUAUUGUUCGUUGUUGUGUGUUACACAUUGCUAUCGCUGCGGUGCCUUCAAGAAGUGGCCGCGGCGCCAGACUCACUCCAAAGAGACUCACGACUCGCGCAGCCCAGGCCUGACUUACGUAUAGACGCGGCGCACGGCGGAUUGGUCAUGUCGUGUGUUGUGUAAGCUCCAAUCAAGGUUACACACACACACACACACACACACACACACACCUGCCCCCUGUGCCCGAGGGGCCACACAUUACGACCGCUGACGACAGAGUCUGUCAGUAAAAAAAUAAAUAAGAAACUUAUGUAAAUAUUGUUGAAAAAUAUUUGUGUUUGAGUAUGGUUAAGAGUAUGGAUGACAAAUAUAUAUUUACUGUAAUA